AUGAGACGCCAGCGAUCAUUUGGCCAUAUCUUUGGAUCACCCUUUUUCGUGGGCACCCUGUCAAUCGCCAUCAUCGGCUGGGUGAUUGCGUUUGCAUCCAGUAUUGCCAGCGAUGUCGAUAGCGCAAACUUUUCUCAUUUCGCGUGGUGGGCCGUGAUGUAUGAGCUGGCUCUCAUCCUUGGCGUUACAGUGUGCGUACUCUACAACACAUACGAAAAACACAAAGUCGCACUGGCCGCCUAUGCAGCGCUUGGCGUCGCACUCAGCUCAUCGACUUGCAAUGCGCUCAUCUACAGCGAUGAAGGUGCAGAGCAAGCAGUGGCCGUCGGGCAUAUUUUCCUCAGUAUCGUCAACCUCAUAUGGAUCGGUUACUUUGGCUCAACACCAGACAGCGUCUCUCGCGGCUGGGUGGAUGGCUUUGCCUCUACAAAAGCGCCUGCCGUGCCAGACGGUCCGCGACCACAGAGCUUUGCCAUGAAUGGUCGGUUUGCCUCACCUUAUCCAAAGACACUGCUGGAUGCCCCUCCCAGAGGCACACAACAGCUUGCAUCGCCUUCGAGCGCUGCAACGCCUAUGAGCAAUACGAACGGCACCAACACGACACCACAGACGCAGGUGAGUGCACCGAUCGGAUUUGACUAUCGUGCACGCGCCAUCUACGCCUAUGAAGCCAACCCGGAGGAUCCGAAUGAGAUUUCGUUUGCCAAAGGCGAGAUUCUGGAGAUUGCAGAUAUCAGUGGCAAAUGGUUCCAAGCUCGCAAUACCAAAGGCGAGGUGGGUAUUGCGCCGAGUAACUACCUGACCUUGAUUCCGCUUGACUCUUAA